CCUCACUCCGCUACGCUCCGCCCACUGGAAUCUUCACCUGGGUCAUUCAUUCUCCGCAGUCAUUUCUCUCGCCGACCCAACGCCUCGGUUCCCUCCGACCUCUCUUCAACUACAUCAUCAACAUCAAUCUAGUUCUUUCUGAAGCCCGCGCCUGCGAAUUUCCUGUCACUCAAGAUCGAUCGGUUUCGAUAGUUUCGACUAUAACACCUCGAUAUGUGCUCCGCCGACAUCUUUCUCGGCCUUCUGGCCAUCCUCUUUCCGCCUCUGCCAGUCUGGGUGAAGCGCGGUCUUUGCUCUGGCGACUCCAUCAUCAACAUUCUUCUUUGUAUUCUUGGAUAUCUCCCUGGUCUCAUUCACUCCUGGUACAUCAUCGCGCGCUUCCCUGAGGAGCAGUACGAAUAUGAGCGUGGCUACAACCGUGAUGCCGAGCGCGUGACCUACGUCUUUGUCGCCCCCAACGGCGAGAACCAGAACUCGCGCGGCCCCGCCCGUCAGCCCCGACCCAGCGCCAACAAGUCCGGUGCUGGCCCGACAUAUGGUACCACCAACAACGCCACCAACAACCAGGCCUCGAACUCGAGGCCGCCGCAGCAGACCAACGCUGGCGAGGGUGGUAGUGAUGGAGCUGCGCCGCCGAGCUACGCCCAGGUUGUUGCUGGAGACAAUAAGAUCCAGACCCAAGACUAGGCUAGUUUGGGUGCUGAGUUCGGCCUGUCAAAUCUGAGCGGUUUCAUGGAUUGAGAUUUGGCAUAUCGAAUUGCGGACGAUAAGCUCUUACGCAGCCAAGUUCUGGCAUGCGUGUGUAUAUUUUCAUGCAUUACUACACUCCUGGGCCUCUUUAGGGCAUCUAGGGGAGGGUUCCGGUGUGUUCUGGCACAGGAGGAGUUAAACUUGGGGCAUGUUCAGCUGUCUGUAUUCCAGUGUACUGUUGUGAGAUUCAUCGCUGGGUUGAUAUUAUUCCUAGAGCUCAUGUUAUUAGGCCCCUCAAUUCUUUAAUAUCACGCAAGAUAUGUAGUACAGUUCGUUGUUGGUAUAUACUAAAGUUAUCAUACAUUGAGCGCAAAGCUCGACCCGGCUAGGGCUCUUAUAUUACAAAAUGUACACGCGAUGCACUGAACCGUCCUCAUUUGACAAUCAAGCACGGCGGCCCCUCUUUCCUCGCUUUAUGUGUGGAGGAAAGUACGGCACCUCCUCCACAUUCUCAGCAGCAGCAAUCUCCGCUCUGUCUUUGUCGCUCUUCUUCAGCACACCGUUCCACAACCUCUCAAGCCCCAGCUCCUCCCUCUUUCCCUCGGUCAUCAGCUGCACGACCAAGGUAGUACCCUCGAUCGGGGUGCCAAAACCCGUGACGCGUCCCUCGGCGUCGGUCCGGACGACCUCGUCCUCGGGCGCCAUGGGCUUCCACCCAAUGGUGCCGAGGUUCACGCAGAUCCAGCCGGUGCUGAUGCCGUCGUCGCCCUUGUCCCAGGCGGUGUCGCCCAUGAGCUUGGCCUUGCGCGCGCGCCGCCGCAUCUUGGUCUUGAGCUCGUUGCGGCCCAGCAGGCCGUCGGCGUGCGCAGAGAUGCCGUGGCCCCGCAGCCACCGCACGAGACGGUCCGCCGACACGUGCAGGUGGCGUUCGCUGCGCGCCGUGCCGAACAUCAUGAUGAGUUUGGGUCCCAGGGCGGGCGGCGGCUCGAGCGUGCGCAGGUCCAGGACCGAGAAGUCGUCCACUCCGAGGUCUUCGGCCACGAACUUGAUCAGCGGCCCGACCAGCGCUGGGGAGUCGGCCGGCGUUGGGGGUAGGGGGAUGUCGUGCGGGACGAGGGUCGGGUGGCGCGGCGGCUCGACCUCGAGGUACCAGGGGGUUGCGUCUGGGUCUUCGGGUUCCAUGGGCGCUUCCGCCUCUGCUUCUGGUGAUAUUGUGGUUGUCUCGUCUGGAGUCCUAGCCUCUUCUAUGAUGGUCUCCUCCACGAUAGUUUCCUCCAGCACCACUUCCUCAGGCUUCCUUGAUGUCAACUCCUCCAAGUUGUCAUUAUUUGAGCUAGUUGUUGAGGUGGAUCUGGGAGCGGUCGAGGAACCAUCGAUACUGCUGGAAAAAAGUCGCCGCUGGCAAUGCGCAGCUGUUGCUCUAGGCUUUGCGACAUGGAACAAGCUUCGUGCAGGACGUGAGAGAGGUUGACCUGUGGUGAGCAGAUUGGAGACGAGCGACGAGGUUCUCGCUAGCCGUGCAGGGCUCCCAAAUGUUGCACGGGAUGCCAUUGUGGAUUCUGGGAAG